CCCCGUGAUGUCAGGCUGGCUGCUGCAGUACUUGUGUCUGUGGAUAUCGCCUUUGUUUGUGUGUGGAUCUGGGACUAGUGUGUGCUGCAGUCACCAUCAGGGAAACCGCGUUCCCUGAGAGGGAUAAAGAAGAACCAUGAGGGUCUGUGGAUUAAACACGCGUGGGGCUCUCGUGCUCCUGUGCUGCUUACAGCUCAUGAUUUCAUUCUGUCUGGCUGAUGAUUCUGAAUGUGACAUGCCAGGACGUUGUCCCCAAAGCACUAACUGGGUCAACCUGUGGUAUGUCUGGCUGAUCUUGAUCACCAUAUUCCUGCUCUUGCUCUGUGGCACCACAGCCAGCUGCAUAAAGUUUUGUUGCAAAAAGAAGAAGCCGCCCGUGCAGACUCUGCCAAACCAACCCUAUGAAGUGACUGUGAUCGCUAUAGACAAUGACAGCACCAUUCACAGCACAGUUACCUCAUAUAGCUCCGUACAGUAUCCUCAUAUGUUUGCCUUUGGUGACGUUGACAGAAGCACAAUGUCUCCCCCAGCUUACAGCCUUUAUGCUCUAGAGCUCCCGCCGGCAUAUGAAGAAGCCAUAAAGAUGUCCAAACCCAAUACUGAAGUUGGUGCCUCUGUGUCUGGCCCAAAACUAGAGGAUAUCACAGAACAUGAAGGCCCUGAAGAGGAGGUUGAUCAGCAGCUUAGUCAGCAAGCCUCAUCGAAUGAUGCUGAAUCGCCACCUCAGUAUGAAGAAACUGACGUUACCCAGAGCCCCGUCCACUAAUGACUAACUUUAGACCAGUUGCUUGCUCGUCCCUGGCUUGCCAUGGAAUAUUGAAGGCUCAUGUUCUGCUACAGUUGCCAGAGGAAUGAGAUCCCACCUUAUCUGUGGUUCUGUGACCUACAUAUAAGGCUUGAACUUUCUCAGUGACGUGGCUUUCUGGUCUCUUUUCAAGCCAGUAUCAUGUGCACAGAAUAUUAAUACCCCGUGUUUGUUCAGUACAGACCUGCUGUCUCCUGUCUGCAAGUGGAAGCUUGGAUAAUGGCUGUUUAUUACAUAAACAGUGUGGUUUCUAAUCCUGAAACUGGGCUAGUAUGAAUACCUUAGACUCAUUUCUUGCUGGCUGUGCAGGAAUACAGUAAUUCACAGCUUCUUGCUUACAUAGGUUUCUCCAGUAAGUUGGGUUAAAAGCAAUGCCUUAUCUGCUUAACAUACACCAAUUUCUUGUGCAGAAACCCCUACCUUUCAUCACGAACAGAGUACAGAUUCAGAACGAUUUUGCUUGUUUUACACAGACUGAACGUUGUUUAACCAUCAGCUUGCAAAUCCCCCAGCUGUUCUAAACCAGUCACCAUGGCCACUGUAAAGCGUAUUUAAUAGAAGCAAUUAUUCUUGUAGAACAGGACUGUUCCAGGCCUCGCCCAUAUGUAAUGUUUGGCGUUUUUUAGGGUGUGUAACUGGCUGUUUUAAAGUCCCAAUAUUCUCUGUAGCUAUAUAGCUUUGAUCGAUCUGUCCCUUUUUUUUUUUUCAUUUUUAUUUAUAGUGUAAUACUUUUAGAUGUUAACAAGAUCCUUUAUAAUAAUAAUAAUAGUCUUGCCAGUUCUGGCAUUUCAGCAAGGACCAUAUGUUUUGCUGGCAAAUAUGAUCUUCUGUACAAGUAAAUCCUGUUCAUAAUGACUGCACGAUCUCUGUAGCAUGACCUUAUUACCUUUCUAUCAGUAUGUGCCAACUCCUGUACAUUCCACUUUACCAUAGAUUGAGGUCCAUAUCAAUCUCUGUCAUCCUUCUCGCAGAAGGACUUAUUUUCUAGCAAAUUGCUGGAGCGAGGAAACGCGUUGCUACGUAACGGAAUUUACUUAUGUAAAUACAUCCAAAUCAUUCUGUUAUCAAGAACUGUCACUGUAAAUUUUAUAUAUAUUUUUUUUUUUUCUGUGUAUAGUAAUUUAGAUUUAAAGUAUAACUCGCAAAAUGUAUGUAUAACUAUGUCAAAAAUGUUAUUUUAUUUACUUUUAAACCAAACUGUUCAUGAAGUCAGAAACAAAUAAAAUUCCUAACUGCUCAA